AUGCAGUCUCUGUUCGGCGGAGGCGAGCUGGGGCUGCUGGGAGGAGGCGGCGGCGACGCGGGCGGCCUGAAGGAGGAUGGCUGCGGCAGCGUGGCGUGGCGGUCCUCGCCGCUGCCCCCCGACGACGUCUACUCGGCCUCCCACUUUGCCCUCAUCACCGCCUAUCAGGACAUCAAGACGAGGCUGGCCUGCCUGGAGCGAGAGAACACCAGCAUCAAGAGGAAACUCAAGAUCUAUGAGAUCAAGUUCCCCAUGAUCAGCGAGUUCGGGGAGGACACCAACUCCUACUGCUCCUUCGAGAGCAAGGAGACGGCGCUGCUGCACUCGGAAAAUGGAAAUCUGCAGCAGAGAGUCAACGUCCUGACCCACGAGCUCCAGAAGAGGAAGGAGAGAGAGGAGCAGCUGGAGGAUGUGAUCCAGGCCUAUGAGAAGAUCCACAUGGAGAAGAGCAACCUCCAGAGGGAUCUGGACAAGAUGACCAGCCUGGUGGAGAAACAUGUGGAGCGCAUCCUGAGCCUGGAGUCAGCUCUGAGGCAGAGGGACAACUCCCUGCAGAAGCUCAACAUGCAGCUGCACAGCAAAGACAUGCAGUAUCUGCAGCUGCACGCCGGCCCAGACGCACACAUGCUGGACUGUCCGGCCCUGACCCUCCAGAGCUCCCGCAGCCUGGAUGCCCUCUCCGACCUGAAGCUGCAGCGGCUGGAGGCGGAGCUUGAGGGGGCGCGGCACGAGGCCCAGGGGGCGUGUCAGCGGGAGGAGGAGCUGAAGGCCGAGUGCGAGCGGCUGAAGGACGAGAUGAGACAGCUGCAGAACAGCCAGAGGGAGAGGGAAAUGACUUCUCCGUGCAAGCAGUGCGAUGUGGAGUGGAUAAAGAAGGUGGGAGACGAGCAGGUGAAUCUGGCUCUGGCCUACACGGAGUUAACGGAGGAGCUGGGACGCCUCCAAGCUCUGAGCUCCAAGCAGACGGAGAUCCUGAGGAAAGCCACGCAGGAGCAGGCCAGUCCAGUCCAGCGUCACUCUCCCAUCCACCACCAGCGCCACUCUCCAGUGUCUCAGCGCCACUCGCCCAUCUCACAGCGCCACUCCCCGGUCCCUCCACCUCCGCACCACUCCCCGAUCCAGCAGCGCCGCUCCCCAGUGCUGCAGCGCCUCUCCCCGGACAUGCACCGCCGCUCGCCCCUGCUGGACGUCAACGACGGGCCGGCCUCUUACUCCUGCCGGCCGCCCACCCAGCACCUGAGGGCCAGCUUCCAGGGCCGUCGCAGCUACUCCGAGGUCGCCGACCCCUCGGCCUACCAGUGCCCGCCUCGCUUCUCCCUGGAUCCAGUGUCGACCCUGCCCAAGCCGCGGCCCUACGUCGACGGCUACGCGAAGCAGCAACCCCAGCUGGUGGGCUCUCCUCACAGCGGACUGCAGCACAGAGCGUCCCCGUCUCCACAUCAAGGCGGCGCAGGAGACGGGGGCCUGGGGGAGAGCUCCAUGCGCCACUCCAGGGAGAUGCCAUUUCCACUGUCCGAGGUGGCCCACCUUCAUUUUGAGCCGCCUCCUCCUUCCACGCCGGCCCCCCAGCCCCCGCAGUCCUCCGAGGACGAGGAGGAGUGGGCCUGUCCGCAUCCCAUCAGCCCACCGAGGACGCUGGGCGUGCUCUCCGCUGCGGUGCCCGGCACCAUCAUGAGGGGCCCGGCGUCCUGCUCAGCCUUCCCCAUCCCUCAGAGGCCUAACACCCUCAGCUGCCACCCGCAGCCGGGGUACAUGUCAGCCGAGCAUGCUCAGUCCUGGCCUUCCAUUAAUCUCUGGAUGGAGACGGAGGAGAGCGACAUGAGGAGCUGCCCUCUCUGCCAGCUGAUAUUCCCCGUCGGUUACCCUGACGAUGCCCUCAUCAAGCACAUCGACUCCCACCUGGAGAACAGCAAGAUAUGAUCGCCAUGGCAACCGGCCCGCACACAUCUCCUCUUAUAGAUUAUGUAAGAGAUCCGGGCCAGAAACAAAAAAAAAUAAAAUAAAAUAGGGGGUGGGGGGAAGUCAAACGUGUAAUCUAUAGGUAGGGAUGCAAAAACUUAAACACGGGUCCGUCUUGGAUUUGUGAGUCCACAUGCAGAGUCCUUUUUAGCGAACGCCCCUGGAGACAGACCUGCCUGUAUAAUCAUCGGCUCCGCUGGUUUGCUGCUGUUUUGUUAUGAGUCUUGUUGUGUGGUUUCAGACAGUUUCAGGUAUCGUAUUUUAUUUUUUUUUUCUCUUCUCUUCGCUUCACAGUGCAGUACACUUUGAUUUAGCAAAGUAAGACGAGGUAUGAGAGGCGCGCUGGCAAGUUUCAGGGGUUGGGUGGGUGGGUGGGGGGGGGGUGGGCUCUGCAUGCCAGGAAGUUAAAUGAUCAGGAAAGAUCUGAGGCGACUAUUUUUCACCACUUAGCUUUAAAUACUCCUGCUUGGAUAUUUUUCUAUCUCACACACACACACACACACACACACAGACACACACUUGCAGUAUAUUUUAGCAGAGGAUUCUGUGCAGUAAGCGCCAAGGACAGAAGCCGGUUUAUUGAAAUGAUCUGACAGUCACAUAAAAGCACGUGGGAAGGCGAUUAGUCAUAUGAAGGCACUUUUUUUCUUUUUGUUGUUGUUGUAUUUUUUUUUUUUUUUAACCAAAGCGAGGACAGAAUGACACAGGAAAGGGAUUCUGCGUGAUUGUCGAUCAGGGUUUUUUUUUUUUUUAAUGCCGGUUUACUUUCACUUCUCUAAAACGAGGAAGUACGUUUGCACGGCAGUUACGAGAGUACAAAACAUUCCAGUCUCACAUUUACAUCUGCUGACAAAUAAACUGACACUAUGAAUCUUAAAGUAUGUUUGGAUCAGUUUUGAUGCCCUGCAGGGCGGGGCAGCGGUGAGGAUUCUCUUCGAACGGAGGGAAAAUUUUAGUCAGAAUAUACCUUUAUGCUUGCGGCCUGUUCAAAAUAAUAAUAAAAAAAAAAAGUAUCUUAGCACUUUAAGUUAGCAUAGCCUAGACAACGUAUCCGUUUUCAGUCCCCGUAUAUAUUUUCCAUGUGUAAUUUUAGUAUUUAUAUUGUCUAUCUGUAAGGCAAAAAAAAAAAGAAAAAUAUGAAGAUAUAUUUUUGCAGAUGUUAAAGCACCACAUGUCUCAUGCUGGUGUGGAGUUUCUCCCAUGUGCUUGCACACUGCUACAUGUAGAGGAGACGAGAAAAUCCCACCGACUGGGAUGCUUUUCUGUACAAAGACUUUGAAAUUAUCAACUGGGAUCGUCCUCGGUCUUCCUUUAAAGAUCUGACCUUCAUCACAGUUUGAUGUCACGACUGCCCAGACCGCCCAACAAAAAAAAAACACUAAAACACCCACAGCUGGCUGCACGAGAUCAAGACCCGGCAGGUUUUUUUGGUGUACUGUAAUUUCUAUCUCGGAGAUCUGAUACCAGAAACUCCAAUCAGCAAACGUUAUAUCUCUGCAGGGUUCGAGCAAAGACGAUACUGUUCUUUUUUGAUACAUGGGUUUUAAUUUUUAUCACGGAGCGGGUCUUAAGUCGAAGAUCCGCUUGCGGGACUUGAACUUUUUGGAGAAAAACAAAACAGGAAAAAAGAAACAAAAGUUACACUGAUGUCAGCUAAUCUGAGGCUUUCAGUUACAUGUGCAGUUUCUAAUGCGAGGGGGACGUCCCCGAGCAGCCACCCAUGCAUUCAAAACGGUUCCUGAAGAGGUGAGAUCAGAUUCGAGCACACGGGCGGGCGGCCGUUUGUGGCAGCGGGAUGAUGGAGGACGCUGACUGCAGGCUUUCAGGGGGAAGCUCUCUGGAGCGACUCACUGCUGGACUGCUUUGACUUUUGUACGAAGGUGUAGAGAAAAGAUUAUUUUCCAGUGGUGGUCAAGGAAUGUCAGAGUAAAGGAUAAUUCUAGUUUAUUGCCAUUUGGACCUUAUUUUAGUAGGUCUGGAUUUAUUGGUUCUGAUUUUACUGUACUUGCUGAAUUCAAUGCUGAAAUCUGAGCAAAUAGCAACGUCACUGAAACAGAAGUCGAAUGAGAUGGCUAGUGAAGCUGCUUCUAGACUUUCUAUUGUGCUUUCCCGGCACGCUUCUCACCAAUUUACACGAUUACAUUCAACUUUUCAAAGGCAAUGAAGUGGGAAAAUGAGGCCCUCCAGUUGGUUAGCAAGCUUGUUAGCUCAUUAGCUUAGCUCAUGGCUAAUUGGACAAUACAUUCAUCCAUUUAAAAAGUGGAUUUGCAGCAUCAACAAACCCCAGAUCCUAUGUAGAGGUGUUUACUUUCUACAUCAUUUCGGAGUUAUUUUUUAUUGCCAGUUUCCAAAUGAUCAGGGGCACUUUGCACGUGAAGUAUCAAGCUGCCAACUGUGCAAUUGGCUAAAAAAGUUUAUCGUAAAGCUCCAGAGGAUGCAACAGCUGGUGUAGAUACCAGAUCAGCAUCCUGGAUGUUCGCUGCACACUGCGAUUUAAAUGAGCAAAUACUGUAAAUGUGAAGAAAAAGGGGGGCUAUUUUUAAUAAGUUGUAAAUGACCAAAUUUACAUGUGAUGAAAAUGGUACAAAAUAUAUAUAUAUAUGUCGGAUUUUUUAAAUGUUUUAGAUUAUGGGUUGUUACACCUCAAAUCAUCAGAUUUAUUUUUUUUAAACAAUUUUGCUUGACUAUUUCUGAUUUGGCUGAAAAAUUUAUAACACAAAAUAUGACGAUUUGUGAAAUUUUAGCUAGUCUUUUUUUACUCGUUUAAAUACCGCUGACACUAUUGAGAUUAUUUGAUCUUCUUGUCCAAUAUUGCAGAUUCUCAACUGAUGACAUGAUGAGAAACAACAGUGGAAAUUUCAGGCUUUUAUCUUCAAGGCUUCCUGAGAUUUUCAUUAUUCAAACAGCUUCUACUUUCAGAGAGUUAAAAACAAAAAAAAACCUGCUGAAAGUGGGUCAACGGGUAUUUCUUUGGCAAAUUUGAUCUCGGAAAGUACUUUAGCUAGCAAUCUGAAAUUCCACAGAUACCCGAUCAAAUAUCAAUAGUUCAUGACUAAAAAAACAAGAUAACAAAUCUGAGAUGAGCAGAAGGCCGCUGAUGACUCAAGAUGGAAUGUAUUUAUUUAACUCUGCAUACCCGUCCAUUACUUUGGCUGCUCCAAUAUUUAUCACAAAGUCCUGCAAGUGUAUUUCCAUGCACAAAGCAGAAAAUGGGGUUCGGUAAGGCAGCAAAACUGUGACCAAUCAGUAGUUUGUCAGAGGAAACCUCAGCUGUGUCCCUGUCAGUUGUUAAUAUAACAUGCUAACGCUGUUUAGCUACCAGGCCAGGUGGAGGUUUCUUUAUUUAAAGUCAUGUGUUCAUGCAGGACUCCAAGCAGCCGGUACCUGCAGCUACAAAGCCAAACAAAUAUGGCAGCCAAAGACGAUACACUCAGAUUUAGUAAACGUAGUGCUGUAUUGAAUAUGCAUGAAUAAUUAAAAUGUAUAUUUUCUGUGUUUCGGGAGAUGGAGAGGGGAGUGGGAUUUUUCUUUAAACCUCACACUUCCGACAAUUUUCCUACUCGGCAGUAUGAGAAUAUCAACUAAAUGUAGCUUAUAUUUGUGACGUAUUGUGUUUUUAUUUAUUGAUUGAGCUCCAGAGUUUUUUAAUUUCCCCCCAAUGAGACGUUAGCGUGUCAGAAGCUACGAUAACAUCUUAUCAGCUGCACAAAAUCUUCACCUAAAUUUGAUUUAAUCUUGUGAGAGCGACUCGGCUGCUCCGUGUUAUUGUGCGGUUUGCCUCGCGGAGUUCAUUUAUAAAACGUCUGGCUCAUGCUGUGGCUGAACUGUGAAUUCUUUACAUACAGUUUAAAAAAAAAAAAAAAAGUUUGUUGCUUGCUUUUCUUUUUCGGCUUCAGGUAGCGGAGGGGUUGAGGAAAGCAGUACUCACCACCUCUGCUAACCAGCUUCCUGGGGGAAACCCUGAAAAUUAUUCAGAAUUUCACUAGAAAAAGACAAAGUUCGCAGAAAUAGAAAAAAGAAAACAAGCAUAUAUGGCAGCAUUUUAUCAGCUAUGAUGUUGUUUUUUAGUGAUGUUGCUACGCUCAUGUUUAAUCGUUUAGCUCGGUGGUUGCAAAUUUAUUGAAACUGAAAGAACCAAAAUUGAAAUAAACCAGAAUUAUCCUUUAAAACAAAAAAGCCAGAGGUUUAAAAUAACAACCUCAAGGCUGUGCUUGACCAUUCAAUCGAAGAGGGCUUUCAUGACUCCCAAGUAUUCUAUACUGUAUGUACAGUAUGUUCCUAUAUCACUAUGUGUACAAAUAUUUAAAGCUGUGUACAGACAGAUAUUUUGCAAGUGUGUAAGGCUCAUGCAACGUGUACUCUAUUAUUCAACAACUUCAAAUUGGAGUGUCUGUAAAUCAGUAUAUAUAAUCCUAGCCAACACCACAACUAAAUAUGAAUUAUAUGCAAGUUAUAUCCAAGUACUACCCGACACCUAUCCUCUUUUACUCACAGCGUAGUGGUACGUCGUCCAGGCAACUAAUAUCCAACUCCAGUCACAGCCUGCAGAUUAAAAUGAAUGUUUGUCUGAAGGUUUCAGUCUUGAUGAGAAACUUUUUUGAUGCAUUUUUUCCCGAUUUUACCGACGACAGCACAACAAUCAAAAUGUGCAGAAGCUCUUUCAUGAUGCAACGUUGCAUCACAAACUUGAAAGUCAGCAUCGCAGAAUUGAAAACCACUGGAGGUGCAUCUGGAAACUUUAAGUUCUUGAAGUUUUCCCCCCCCCAAAAAAAGAGGAGACAUUUAAGUUGGAGAUUUCACUAAUAAUAUUUUUUUUUUCUUCCAAUUCGAGGACCUAUGUGGGCUCUUUACCAAAGACAAAGAAUAAUUUUUAAAAGCAGAGGACACAGUUGGAGGGGCUUUUCUCUGUUUGUGUCAGUGUGCGGCAAGAGGCUGCACUGUGGUCGAUGUUUCUGGCAUAUUCGCGACCACAACCUGUUGGCCGGCAGCAGCAACGCAGAGCGAUCACACCCUGUUCGAGCUCACAGCGUGAUGCACACGGAUAUUUACAUGGCGACACAUCCGCAGACACACACACAAGAGCUGCGCUGAGGUCAACACAGUUUAGAAUCGCUAGUUGAAGAUUUUAUUUCCUAGUUUGUUUUUUCUUUCUGUGUCCACCACCCCCUCCUCCCCACUGUCACGGUAUAAAAACCUCAAAAUCUGAACUCAUCGCAUCUGUUUUUCUUACUUUUCUUGUGUCCUAACAGCAAACUGACUCCUUGGUUCACUCAGGAGACGAACAAAAAGAUCAAAUCUGCCAGCAUUAGAUUAAAAAUUAAACUCAUGAGUCAAAAACUGUCCCUCGGAUUUACUCAGGAUACAAACGGCUAGCUCCAACAAAGAAUACAGUUUAAGAAAAAAAAAGUCAGAUUUUUCAUUCUUGUAUAGCUCCACUCUCCUGUAAGUAACUACGUGAGUCAGGUUGGUUUUUUUUCUUUCCUGGGUGACCUUAAGCGCACACGGAGACCUCAGCACUAAUGAACUCUCCACAACACUAAUGAGAAGUAAUGUCUAUGUGUUUUUGAAGCAGUGUGCGGUGGAACAACACUGCUGGCAUUUCGAGGACUUUGUGUGGAAAAAAAAAAAAACUAAACUAAAAAGAAAACGACCACAGAGGCAUAUAAAGAGUCACUUUUUCUUUCUCUCUCUGUCUGUCUGUAAAUAUUCGAAUAAAUAAACUGGAACUUGCACUGAAA